UCCCGCCGCCGCCCACAGCGCGGCGCUCACCCUCCUCUUGGUGGUCCAGGCCGGACUCAUCUCCGGGAGCCGAGAGCGCUGUCCGUGGCCAUGCGUGAGCCUGUCCGAGUGCCGGUCCGAGCAGCCGGCGUCCUCCGGGACCUCCGCGUCGGAGAGGAGCUGGAUGUGCCCGGGGACGCUCGUCUGCUGCAGGGAUCGCCGGAGUCGGGGUGGCGCCGACGCCUCGCCCGGGGCCGGGGCGGGGUCAGAGGGCGACGUGUGGUUCCCGGACGCCGUCCCCACCCCGCGGCCGUCGCUCAACCGGCCGCCGGGCGACGCCACCAAGAGACCGCCCGGCUACAUGCGCUACGACUACACGACGAGGCGGCCGUACGGCUACGACCACACGACCAGACGGUCGCUCUACACCGACCCUGCGGCCAGACGGCAGUACGACCAGGACGGGCGCGGGCGCCGGGCCAACGCCAGCGACGCCUCUGCAGUGCAGCGGCCCUACGGCCCGUACGCGGAUCCCUCCGCGGACCCGCCGCCGCCGGGGUCGGGGUGGUACGGCAACAGCAGGUUCCGCCCCUCCGACCUGAACGCAAACCGAGCCGGCUGGGGAUCCCAGGGGGCUCCCUCGUGGGGACCGCCGGGGCCCUCGAGCACGCCGCCGAGUAGGCAGCGCACCCGCCAGGACACCAAGGGGGCCCGCGUCAGCGAGCAGAAAUGCAACGAGUUCGCCCGCCUGCAGACGGAGCGCGUGGUGGCGCUGCCUCUGGUGCCCGACCCCAAGCCCUCCGUGCAGCACGUCCAGAAGUGCGACUCCAACUCCGUGCCGCUGGUUGUGGGCGGCCAGGACGCCAGGCUUCACGAGUUUCCGCACAUGGCUGCGAUCGGCUACCGGGGAGCUGGGACUCCGCCGAAGAUUGAAUGGAACUGCGGAGGCUCCCUCAUCAGUGAGCUGUUCGUGAUCACGGCAGCGCACUGCACGGCUACCGCUCAAGGCCCCCCGGUGCGCGUGCGCCUGGGCGAGCACAACCUCGAGUCGGCCGAGGACGGCGCCCGGCCCAUGGACAUUGCCGUCUCCAGCAUGGUGCGCCACCCGGGCUACCAGCCCCCGUCCCGCUACCACGACAUCGGACUCCUCCGCCUGGCCAGGAAGGUGCCCUUCUCCGCCGCCGUCCGUCCCGCCUGCCUGCACGUCGCUGACGAGGACGCCGCCGAGGAGGACUUCAACGGCGAGCCGCUCAUCGCCACUGGCUGGGGCCACACAGAGCAAUUGGGUGAAAGGAGCCAAGUUCUUCAAAAAGUCAUACUGAAUUCGGUAGAUCAGCCAACGUGCAACAAUCUCUACUCGGCUGAUGCCUCAACGUCGAGCCUCUCCAAGGGGAUAGUGGGGGACUCCCAGCUAUGUGCUGGAGUCCUAGACGGAGGAAAAGAUACGUGUCAGGGUGAUUCUGGGGGCCCGCUGCAAGUUACGAGUCGCGACAAUCAGUGCGUGUUUCACGUGGUCGGUAUCACAUCGUUCGGCAAGGUGUGCGCGGCCCGGAACUCCCCGGGGGUCUACACGAGAGUCUCCAAGUACAUCUCUUGGAUUGAGAGGCACGUCUGGCCGGAGGCCUGAGGCCUGGGCCUGUCGAAACCUUUCACUCUGCCUGCCAUCAAAUGUAGACGCGAAUUUGACGAAAACAAAUAAAAACUAUUCGUCAAUCCUGA